UGGUGGGAACAUUUAUUGGGAACACUCGAGUCGACCAUUGAGCGACUCUCAUUCCGAAACAUGCCUAAGUUUUACUGUGACUACUGUGACACCUACCUUACACACGACUCGCCUUCGGUGAGGAAAACCCACUGCAGUGGCAGAAAACACAAAGAAAAUGUGAAAGAUUACUACCAGAAAUGGAUGGAAGAGCAGGCCCAGAGCCUUAUUGAUAAAACGACGGCUGCUUUUCAGCAAGGAAAAAUACCCCCCACACCAUUCGCAGGUGCACCCCCUCCAGGUGGUCCUCCACGUCCAGGCAUGCUGCCAACCCCACCCAUGCCUGGCCCUCCUAUGAUGCCCAUGAUGGGACCCCCGCCUCAUGGAAUGAUGCCCGGCGGUCCCGCAGGAAUGCGUCCGCCAAUGGGAGGACCCAUGCAGAUGAUGCCAGGACCGCCUCACAUGAUGCGUCAUCCUCGGCCCAUGAUGAUGCCAGUCAGGCCGGGCAUGAUGAGACCAGACAGAUAAGACUGACAUGGACGUUUCUGUUAUUGUUACCACAAGGAGGCGCUGCAGAGUGAUGAGUGAUGAACACAUGCAUGUAUUUAUUUCUUCAGUAGCACACGUCUGCUUUCAUAGGAAUCUGUACUGCUUGGUUGUCUCACUCUCAUUCUGCAGACACACCCAUUACAGCAUAUUUGAUUUUCUUUAUUGACCAUGUUUUUACCUUACUUAGUUUUUUUCACAUUACAUUGCUUUGAGAAAUAAAGCAGUCAUUUAAAGCUAAUAUGUCUGUGU